AUAACUUCAUUGCGAGAAAGACUCUCUUAGGUAUCGCUAUGCCAUCAGAACCCGGACUAUACGGCUUUCCCAUCAAAGCUCGAGAUUCCUCAUGCCUAGCCUGGUACCGCGCAGGAAUUUCACAAUGAUUGCCAUUAAUCGACCUUUUACUGCCUUCUGUAUCCCCUGGGAAGAAAAAGAGGAAAAGACACAGGUCUCUUGUUGGUUUUUCCCCAUUGCAAGAACCAAACACCUGCGGACGAGGUCUCAGAACAGAACUUCUCAACAGCAAAAAUUGUGAACGCAAGACGAAAAGACGCUUCUCCCUUGAAGAACAUCAUCAACCAUGGCAAAGGCAUCCGGACUUCGACGACUGAUGAUGUGUAGCACAGAUUUCGAAUACUCAUCUAGAAAGACGACACAUAGAUCCAACUCUAUUGCCCGUUCUUCGCUCUCUACAACUCACACCCAAACGAGCAGACAAGCAACAGGCAUUGGAGAUCUCGAUGAGUCCGAAACUCAACCAAGCGCGCUCAACGAGCUCGCCAUCGUCGUUGCCUCCUCGCAGGACAAUCAAUUUUUCUACUAUGGCGGGCUGGAUCUCGGGAGCCACUUUGCAGACGAUACGCCUGAGACCGAAACAGAAACCGGCUCGCACCGUGCCGUGGAGGUAAAGGGAGUUUGUCGCGAUAGGAAAAUUCAUCUGAUAGCCGGCUGGAUGCGCGAUGUUGAGACGGGUGGUGGUGACGGCGUCCAUCCGGGCGAGAGACGCUGGUGUAACCGGCCUGGUGCGUCGUGUGCAAUUGCCAGGCGCGCGGCUGAGGCACUUCUUGAUGUCAUUGAGGGCGAUGUCGUCGAUCGUGAGGAACGGGAAGGCGACGAUCAGACCGUGGAGGCUGUUACCUUUUGCACGGGCAACGACCAGGACUGCUGGACGCGCUCGGCUGAUCCCGCAAGGAAGGCUUUUCGCGAUCUGAAGGCCAUGAAGGCUGCUGCGACCGUUCUGCCGGAGGCCGUUGCCUAG